AUGGUGUGGUCCAGUUUGCCUGGUGUGGUCCAGUCUGGUGUGGUGCCGCCUUUUGUGGUCCAGUAUGGUGUGGUGCAGUAUGGUGUCGUCCAGUAUGGUGUGGUGCAGUAUGGUGUGGUCCAGUAUGGUGUGGUGCAGCCUUUUGUGGUCCAGUAUGGUGUGGUGCAGUAUGGUGUCGUCCAGUAUGGUGUGGUGCAGUAUGGUGUGGUCCAGUAUGGUGUGGUUCAGUCUGGUGUGGUCCAGUCUGGUGUGGUCCAGUAUGGUGUGGUGCAGUGUGGUGUGGUCCAGUAUGAUGUGGUGUAG